AUGAGCGGGCACAAAUUCCCUGUAGAUCUCAAGCAGUUCAAGCAGCUCAAGCUGGACUCCAAGAGCACCACCCUCACCGCUGAUCAGAAACGCGAUCUUCUGAACAACAUCAACAUCUUCCGCGAUGCCAUUAUUGCCUUCACCGCGACCGGUGCGGCUCGGGGCGUGUCGGGCCACACUGGUGGCCCCUUCGACACGGCCCCGGAAGUCUGCAUCCUGCUGGCGAUGAUGAAUGCGCACCCCGAUCAAUUUGUCGACGCACUGUUCGACGAGGCGGGCCACCGUGUCGCGACCCAGUACCUGUUGGCCGCGAUGGAUGGCAAGAUCGAUCCCGAGCACCUCCUGAACUACCGGGAUGCCGACUCCAAGCUUCCCGGCCACCCCGAGCUGGGCCUCACGCCCGGCGUGAAGUUCAGUUCCGGCCGCCUGGGCCAUAUGUGGGGCAUGGUCAACGGCAUCGCAAUGGCGAACCAGGAUAAGAAUGUUCUGAUGCUGGGCUCGGAUGGAUCUCAGCAAGAAGGAAACGACGCCGAGGCGGCGCGCAUUGCGGUCGCCCGCAACCUCAAUGUCAAGCUGUUCAUUGACAACAACGAUGUCACUAUUGCUGGCCACCCCUCGAUAUAUCUGAAGGGCUACGACAUUGCCAAGACCCUUGCGGGUCACGGCUUGCACGUUGUUCGUGCGGAAGGGGAGAAUGUGGACUCUCUGUAUCCAGCAAUUGCGGAAGUGAUCAACCACAAGGGCCCUGCAGCGGUCGUCGUCAACCGGAAAAUGGCUCCUGGUGUCGAGGAUGUUGAGGGCGAGUGCCACGCUCACGACGUCUUCAAGGUCGAUGUGGCUCGCAAGUACCUCACCAAGCGAGGAUACAGCAAGGAGCAACUGGCUUUCUACGAUGACAUUAAGGCCCGGUCGAACCCUCAUCAGUACCAGGGCUCCACCAAGGACAAGGGUGCCAACCGCGCCAUCUUCGGGGAGGCUGUGAACUCGAUCCUGGACGGUCUCAGCAAGGAAGAUGCGGCUCGCCGGGUCAUGGUCAUCGACUCUGAUCUGGCUGGCUCGACUGGCCUGAAGGCAAUUCAGUCCGAGCACCCUGAAGUCUUUGUGGCAUCAGGUGUCAUGGAGCGUGGCAACUUCUCGGCGGCCGCCGGCUUUGGCUUCGGUAGCAAUGGCGAGCGCCAGGGUGUGUUCUCCACUUUCUCGGCGUUCUUGGAGAUGUGUAUCUCCGAGAUCACCAUGGCUCGCCUGAACGCCUGCACCGUUCUCUCUCACUUUUCUCACAGCGGAGUCGACGAGAUGGCCGACAACACCUGCCACUUUGGCCUGAACCACUUCUUCGCCGAUAACGGCCUGAUGGAUGCCGCGACGACGUCCCUCUACUUCCCCGCUGAUGGCGAGCAGAUGAAGGCCGUUGUGAACAAGGUCUUCUGGGAGAAGGGCAUGCGAUUUAUUUUCUCGACUCGCUCCAAGGUGCCUUAUAUCCUGAAAGAGGGUACUGACCAGAAGCUCUACGGCGAGGGCUACGAGUUCGUGCCGGGCAAGGAUGAAGUCAUCCGCAAGGGUACCGCCGGCUACGUUGUUACCUACGGGGACAUGGUGUACCGGUCGCUCGAUGCCGUUGAGCGCCUGCGCAAGGAGGGUCUCGAUGUUGGGCUGAUCAACAAGGUGACCCUGAACGUCGUUGAUGAGGACGCGCUCCGCGACUAUGGUUCUACUCCUUUCGUGCUUGUCGUCGAAUCCAUUGCCCAGAAGACCGGUUUGGGCUCUCGCCUCGGCACUCAUCUGUUGGAGCGUAAGCUCACUCCUAAGUACAAGAGUAUGGGGGCCAUUAAAGAGGGCUGCGGCGGUCUGUACGAGCAGGUGAAUGCUCAAGGUCUCGGUCCGAACGAUAUCGUCGCGGCUGUGAAGGAAAUCGCAGGAAAAUAG